CGGAGAACGUUCUAUGGGAGAUGAAUGGCCGGGAGAUUCUUUGAUGGGAUUCUUUACGAGAUUUUAAGGGAUAAUGACUUGGUUUUCUUGAAAAGAAUUAAGAUUAAACGAAUUAAUUAAUUAGGGUUUAGUUAUAUGCUUAUAGAAGGUGUUUUAGGAAGAAGCGGAUCAGAGUUGGGUGACUACAAAUGAAUUUUUCGCAACGCAGUUUCUUCAGCUGCUCGUCGUGAGUCGGGCCCGCUCCAGCAAACUGGAUUUACAUGCUAUCUUUGUUGGGUUUUUCAAAUACCCCGUUCAAGUGAAGCGUAGUUAAAGACAGCCCCCGGUAUUCCAGGAGUAGAACCCUAGCCUUCCGAAUUUUUCUUCACCUUCUGCCUGUUUGACUAUAUUGGGCAGCUGGGUUUCCUUCUUUGAGUUGCAGCAAUGGCGGAUCCCAAUAGGAAGUGGCUGAGACAGGAGUUCGCAACAUACGCCUACAUUCUCCUCUAUAUCGCCCUCUCCAGCGGCCAGAUCUUCUUCAACAAGUGGGUUUUAUCGUCGAAGGAAAUUAACUUCCCAUAUCCUCUUGGACUGACACUGCUUCACAUGGUCUUCUCUUCUGUUUUAUGUUUUAUGCUUACCAAAGUUCUCAAGAUCAUGAAAGUUGAGGAAGGAAUGACACCGGAUAUAUACAUGUCUUCUGUUGUCCCAAUUGGUGCAAUGUUUGCUAUGACUCUAUGGCUAGGGAACACCGCUUACCUCUACAUAUCUGUUGCCUUUGCUCAAAUGUUGAAAGCAAUCAUGCCAGUUGCUGUUUUCAUUCUUGGUGUAUUAGCUGGACUUGAAGUGAUGAGUUGCAGGAUGCUUCUAAUAAUGUCGGUUAUCAGUUUUGGGGUACUGGUAGCAUCCUAUGGGGAAAUAAGUAUAAGCUGGAUAGGUGUCGUUUACCAAAUGGGAGGUGUAGUUGGAGAAGCUUUGCGGCUAAUAUUUAUGGAGAUUUUUGUGAAACGGAAGGGACUCAAACUAAAUCCUAUCUCUGUUAUGUAUUACGUUAGCCCCUGCAGUGCUCUUUGCCUCUUAAUCCCAUGGAUCUUCCUGGAGAGGCCGAAGAUGGAUGCACAGGGGACAUGGAGCUUCAAACCUCUCAUUCUGAUGCUUAAUUCUCUUUGUACGUUUGCCCUCAAUCUCUCAGUUUUUCUUGUCAUUUCACAUACAAGUGCUUUGACGAUUCGUGUGGCCGGUGUUGUCAAGGAUUGGGUUGUAGUCCUACUAUCAGCACUCCUUUUCGCAGAUACAAAACUGACACUUAUCAAUCUCCUUGGUUAUGCCAUCGCAAUUGCAGGGGUAGCUGCGUACAAUAACCACAAGUUGAAGAAGGAAGCUUCUCGUGUUAGCUCGGACGAACCUGCUCAGUCAAUUCCACUUGUUUCAACUUCAACCUCAAAUCAGUGAAACAAAGGAAACAUAUAUACUCUCUCGAUAACUCAGGUUUGUGAAUAUAAUGUGUCUUUGUAAUCAAUUCUUGAUCCGUCAGAUGGUUUCAAAUUGGUUUUAGUGGCAGUCGUUAAGUGUUC